UAAGCUUUUGCACCGUCACACCAAUGUUCUAUGCUUUCUCUUCUCAAAUUGGUGCCAUCGUGCAAUUUCAAGCCCAUUUCCAUGGUUUUACCAUUGCAACGGUGGAUUUACCGUUAUUUUUCAUCAGCCACAAGUUCUUUUCAACAUAUAUCACAUGUACGUGAGAACAAGAACGUCGCUGUCGAUUUCAAUGUUGUAUUCCAUUCCUGCACCAACGUUAAUGUUGCCAAGCAGCUUCAUGCACUUCUUUUGGUGUUGGGUAAAGCUCAAGAUGUUGUUUUGUUUACCAAGCUUGUUACUUUGUAUGCGACUCUUGGGGACCUCUCAUUGUCUAGCACCACAUUUAAGCACAUUCAGAGAAAGAACAUUUAUACGUGGAACUCAAUGUUGGCUGCAUAUGUUCGCUGUGGGAGAUACCAUGAUUCUUUGAAUUGUGUCACUCACUUGUUGUCCAUGCCUGCUGUAGUAAGACCUGACUUUUACACUUUCCCUCCUGUGUUGAAAGCCUGUGUGCAUCUCCUUGAUGGGGAGAAGAUACAUUGCUGGGUUUUGAAGAUGGGUUUUGAGCAUGAUGUGUAUGUUGCUGCUUCCUUGAUCAAUUUGUAUUCGCGGUUUGGUGCUGUGGCUGUUGCCCACAAGUUGUUUGUUGAUAUGCCGGUUCGGGAUGUGGGGUCUUGGAAUGCCAUGAUUUCGGGGUUUUGUCAGAAUGGAAAUGCGGUGGAGGCGUUGGGAGUUUUGAACAGGAUGAAGGUUGAGGGCAUCAAGAUGGAUACGGUCACGGUGUCAAGUGUGCUUCCAGUUUGUGCACAAUUGAAUGAUGUUGUUUGUGGGGGGUUGAUUCAUUUAUAUGUGAUAAAGCAUGGGUUGGAAAGUGAUGUUUUUGUUUGCAAUGCACUGAUCAAUAUGUAUUCAAAGUUUGGGAGGUUACAAGAUGCGCAGAGGGUUUUUGAUGGCAUGAAAGUGAGGGAUGUGGUGUCUUGGAAUUCUGUAAUUGCUGCAUAUGAGCAGAACAAUGAACCAGUUACUUCUCUUGGAUUCUUUAAAAGGAUGCAGUUGGUGGGAAUGCGACCUGACUUGUUGACAGUUGUUAGUUUAGCCUCGAUUUUUGGUCAGUUAAGUGAUUGGAGGAUUGGCAGGGCUGUUCAUGGAUUUGUUAUAAGACGUGAAUGGCUUGAGGAAGAUGUUGUGAUUGGUAAUGCACUUGUGAAUAUGUAUGCCAAAUUGGGUUCUAUAGAUUGUGCACGUAUGGUUUUUGAACAGCUUCCUGUCAGAGAUGCAAUUUCAUGGAAUACCUUGAUCACAGGUUAUGCUCAAAAUGGGCUAGCAAGUGAAGCAAUAGAUGCUUACAACAUGAUGGGAGAGUGUAGAAAUAUAAUCCCAAAUCAAGGGACAUGGGUGAGCAUUCUCCCAGCAUAUUCCCAUGUUGGAGCUUUGCAACAAGGAAUGAAAAUUCAUGGGAGGCUAAUCAAGAACUGCCUCUACUUGGAUGUCUUUCUGGCUACCUGCCUGAUUGACAUGUAUGGAAAAUGUGGAAGGUUAGAGGAUGCGAUGUCCUUAUUCUAUGAAAUUCCACGGGAAACAUCAGUUCCUUGGAAUGCCAUAAUAUCUUCUCUUGGAAUUCACGGGCAUGGAGAAGAAGCUCUGCAACUUUUCAAGAAUAUGCUCUCUGAAGGGGUAAAGGCAGACCAUAUUACCUUUGUAUCAUUGUUGUCAGCUUGUAGCCAUUCAGGUUUAGUUGAUGAGGGUCAGUGGUGCUUUGAUAUGAUGCAGAAAGAGUAUGGGAUCAAGCCUAAUUUGAAACAUUAUGGUUGCAUGGUGGAUUUAUUUGGCAGAGCUGGGAAUUUGGAGAAGGCAUAUAAUUUAGUAAGCAAUAUGCCUGUACAGGCAGAUGCAUCCAUCUGGGGUACUCUUCUUGCUGCUUGUAGAAUACAUGGAAAUGCAGAAUUGGGUACUUUUGCUUCAGAUCGCUUGUUGGAAGUUGAUUCAGAUAAUGUUGGCUAUUAUGUUUUAAUGUCAAAUAUCUAUGCAAAUGUUGGAAAAUGGGAAGGAGUAGUUAAAGUAAGAUCAUUGGUCAGAGAUAGAGGGUUGAGGAAGACUCCUGGAUGGAGCUCUGUUGUAGUUGGUAAUGUAGUUGAAGUCUUUUAUGCUGGGAACCAAACCCAUCCACAAUGCACAGAGAUAUACAAGGAACUAAGGGUUUUGAAUGCAAAAAUGAAGAGCCUUGGUUAUGUUCCAGACUAUAGUUUUGUCUUGCAAGAUGUUGAGGAUGAUGAGAAAGAACAAAUUUUGACAAGUCAUAGUGAGAGACUGGCCAUUGCAUUUGGAAUAAUCAGCACCCCACCAAAAAGUCCCAUUAGGAUAUUUAAAAACUUGCGUGUUUGUGGUGAUUGCCAUAAUGCAACCAAGUACAUAUCUCAAAUUACUGAGAGGGACAUUAUUGUAAGGGAUUCAAAUCGUUUUCAUCACUUUAAAGAUGGGAUUUGUUCAUGUGGUGAUUACUGGUGACAGUCACCAAUUAUGGAAGCUUGAAAAGAUUGACCAUAGUAUAGUAUCUGAGUACCUUAAUGACAUAGACAUCCCCAAGCAGGCAUUGGUUUGUCACUGCAGCACAACUGCCAACUUACUCAGGAAGUUUCUUUGCGUUACUGAAAUGAAACAAAUUAACAUGAUCUCAAGGAAAGAGUUGCGUGCUAGUUGCCAGAGAUGAUUUUACACUCGCUGCUAUUGACCAGCUGCUUGUUUUGGCUUGUAUCAGGUGGAUGUGCCAGUCCAUUCAGCAUAUACCAGUGUUAAAUCUUCAGACAUUGCCAAACACGGAUUAAAAGUUACAAAAAAGAAGAAAUUUGAUGUGAUUAUUGUUGACACUGCUGGUAGGCUGCAGGCAUGAAGCAAUGAUUGAUGGGUUAAAAGAAGUGAAGCUGGACUGAAACAGGAGUUUUGCUAGUUUUGGAUGCAGGGAAUUGUGGAACAGCAGCUAUUUAGAAGGGAAUUAUACUCAUAUGCAAAUAAAUUAUUAUUUAUAUAAAAAUAAAAUAAAAUAAAUUACUUUUAUUUACGAACUUAUGAACUUUUUUUUCCUUUUAGCUUUGGUAUCUUUGGUAUGAUUUUGUGCCCGACAGCAUAUUAUACAGUGAUAAUUAUAACCAAUCAAAAAUUCUGACCUUACUAUUUUCUGUGAACAGCCUUGGUGACUCAAACUUCAGAUUGGAAUAAGAGGUUUAGCAGCUUUGAGUCUCUAAGUGCUUUGCAUUGUUUUGGGCUAUUGAUGACGUUUUCUCUGGAUUUCUUUCCACCGGUGUUUAUAGAAGCAAUUACUGAUGCAGGGGAUCCUAAAGAGGAGAAGAGGUCAUAUGUAAUGCAGUUCUUAAGCACGAAAUUUAUUUGCUAAAUAGUUAGUUAUGCCUCAUUAUCAUAGCUUCCGCUUAAAAAGGUUUCCAUGAUCACGAGGACUUCAAAUUUUCCUAUAGAGUAUUCCUAUAUGUUCUGGAUCAAAAAAUGUUUUCUUGUUCCUAUGGAGAUAAAUUUGUUUCUUCACGUUUGUCAUUGUAUUUGUUUUAUCCAUUUAAUCUACCAGAGGCCACAUG